GAAUCACAGCCCACAUGGAGGAGCAGCUGCUUGUGCGCAUCUGUGCGUUCUCUUAAAAAUUUGUUCAGGAAUUUAUCACCAGGCUGUUUUAACGCAUAACCAUUUUUUAUUUGAAAUUAAAACAUUUUUUUUUAAGUUUUCCAAAGAUUUAAGCCAGGUUAAAGACAGAAAGCAGAAAGCGCACAACUUGUUUAAGAGACUCAGACGCGCUUCUUAAGUUUGGAGAGGAGAGAGCGCGCUGCAGAUGGCUGCUCUCAUCAGCGCGUACUCGUCGUGGCCGGAGUCUUUCGAGUGUCCUCCAGGAGACGGAGAUGUCCCUGAAGCACAUGUCUCGCACAGGACCUCCGUGGACAAGGCGCCGGAGCCACGAAUCAGGCGGCCCAUGAAUGCGUUCAUGGUGUGGGCCAAGGACGAGCGCAAACGGCUGGCGGUUCAAAACCCAGACCUUCACAAUGCAGAGCUCAGCAAAAUGUUGGGAAAAUCAUGGAAAGCCCUGACUCCUCCUCAGAAAAGGCCGUACGUCGAGGAAGCAGAGAGGCUCAGAGUGCAGCACAUGCAGGACUAUCCGAACUAUAAGUAUCGGCCCCGUAGGAAGAAACAGCUGAAGCGUAUCUGCAAGCGAGUGGACCCCGGAUUUCUCCUGAGUGGGUUGGCCCAUGAUCACAGCGCUCUGACUGAGCAGCGGGCCCUCGGUCACCCACUGGACAAAGACGAGGGCAGCUCUAAAGGAAUCGUCGGCAGCUUGUCAGGCUCCAGCCCCGCUCUGCCUAGUGUGAGAACCUUCAGAGAGCCCACUGGCUCUAGUAGUAGCUUUGACGCCUACCCAUAUGGCUUGCCCACACCUCCCGAAAUGUCCCCCUUAGAUGCCAUGGACCACGAGCACAUGCCCUCGACCUAUUACUCAACUUCUGGCAGCUCUUCUGUCUCCUGCUCAUCCACAGCCUCUUGUCCAGAUGAACACCACCAAAAUCAGACACACAUGGGCAGCCCACCUCCUUACCACACUGACUACACUCAGACCCAAAUCCACUGUGGGGGCACACACUUAGGUCACAUUGCUCACAUGUCCCAAACUGGGAGCACUGGGCUGAUCCCUGGCCCUCCCCUGUCCUACUACAGCUCCUCGUCUUUCCCACAGAUUCACCAUGGGCAUCACCAGGGCCACCUUGGUCAACUGUCCCCCCCACCAGAGACUCAGGGCCAUCUUGAGACUUUAGACCAGCUAAGCCAAGCUGAGCUUCUGGCAGAGGUGGACCGCAAUGAGUUCGACCAAUACCUGAACUCCACCGCUGGUGGUUUCCACCCAGAACAAGGCAGUGGCAUGACCGUUACUGGACACAUCCAGGUAGCAUCGACCGCCACCACCUCCGCCGCAUCAUGUCCCAGUAGCACCACAGAAACCAGCCUCAUUUCCGUGCUCGCAGAUGCAACAGCAGCCUACUACAACAACUAUGGCAUCUCAUAAGCACGCCUGUUGCAGCUACAGACAUGAGACUGAUUUAAAAACUCUAAAAGACUGUAGUUCGUAUUAAAGAUGCAGGAUAAUGUUGCACUUUUUAGCAUCUAUGAGCAACUUCCUCCAAUCCUAAAGAGCUGGACUGAUUACUGAGCAAUAUGUUUAUCUGGAGCCAAGUUUGGACAACAAGCAAUCUGAAAAAACCUGAAGAUAUGAAGAUGGACACCUCAGGGACGCAGACACAGACUACUAUAGAAUGCCACCCCCAGUUGUUUGGAAAUGUGCUUAACUUAGUGCAACAAUCGUAAAAAAGACUUGUUUAUUCACUCUUUAAUGUAGCUACUUAGGCAUGUACAGAAGCUCCUUAGAAGCUUAUUUAACUCUGUUAAUAUUUUUCUUUCAUAAAUGUAAUACUACUAUCAACGCUUUCCCAUUUGAAUGUUGGCUUUUCCUUUAUCGCUCUCAUAAUUUUGGGAGUCUUACCUCAGUAGUUGUAAUUGAAAACGGUUUCAGCUAAACAUUUCUCAUGCAACUCAACUAAAUUGUGUAUAAUAAAGAAACAAAGACAAAUUCUCUAGUAAUAUAGUCAUAUAGUCAAUGUCUUCAUUGAAAUUUAUUGGUGACUUUAAGUAUAUGAUUGUUUAGAUUAAUUGAAGACUAUAAAAAAAAUAGAUUUUUAUUACAUGACAAUACUGCUGGAAAUACUGGAGAUAAGCUGAUAUAUUCUGAGAUGCCACAUUGAUUAACUAGAUGCUUAGAAUGAGAAAAUAAAACAAUAAAACAUUAUAGAAUGACUACUUCUUUGAGAAUAAUUUGGAGAAAAAAAACUGUUGUGAGACAUCUUUCCAUCUUUGAUCUCGUCAUAUCAUUUGUUCUUUUAUUAUGGGUUCUGAUGAGGUUUAUGUUACCCAUUCCAAUGCUCACCAGAUUUUUCCACCCUCUCUGUCAUGUUUCCCAUUGGCCCUCUCCUCUUUCAGAGGAUUAGUGUAAAACAGGCGCAUUCAUUGCCACCCGCCUCCAUCUCAGUGUUCCUUUUGUUUUUCUGGAGUCUUAUUCUGGGUACCAUUCUUAGGCCCUCCAACCCCCCCGUUCACAACCCGUGUCCCCCACUCCCACUCGCUCCCCCCUUGGUAUAUCUUGCCGAUGCAGACCUU